GGAAACUGAAUACCUAAAUCUUAUGAAACAUCGAAUUUUUCGUAGUGGCUGUGCAACACCCAAUUUAAUAAUGUCGACAUAUGCCCUUCAUAUCUCAUCAUUACAUUUCUAGCUUAUUCAACACACCGCAGGCCUUAAAAAUUUAAUCUUGAUCUACUGCUCCUGUUGUUCUCUCUAUUCUCUUGGUCGAAGGAUAGCUCUUAGACAAAAUGUCCUCCCCCAGCAAAAGGCGUGACAUGGAUGUCAUGAAAUUAAUGAUGAGUGACUACACUGUGGAGCCCAUAAAUGAUGGCAUCAACGAGUUCAAUGUGGAAUUUCAUGGCCCAAAAGAAAGUCCGUACGAAGGUGGAGUUUGGAAAGUUCGCGUGGAACUUCCAGAUGCUUAUCCUUACAAAUCUCCUUCGAUUGGGUUCGUCAACAAAAUCUUCCACCCCAAUGUUGACGAGCUGUCGGGUUCGGUAUGCUUGGAUGUCAUCAACCAGUCGUGGAGUCCAAUGUAUGAUCUGUUGAAUGUGUUCGAGGUUUUCCUCCCCCAGCUUCUACUCUAUCCUAACCCUUCAGACCCACUCAACGGUGAUGCUGCGUCUCUGAUGAUGAAAGACAAAGAGCAAUACGACCAAAAAGUUAAGGAGUAUUGUGACCGGUAUGCAAAGAAGAAUCACGCUGAUAAUAGCGGGAGCGAUGAGAGUGACGAGGAAGUGAGUGACAAUGAGGCCUACAGCGACGGGCGGAGCGAAAGCGAGGACGAAGUGGCGGGGCAUGCGGAUCCUUAGGGGGCAAAACUGGUGAUGCAUUGUUUUGUUAUAAUUAAUUGUAUCAUGAAUGGUUAAUAUAGCAUAGUAGAGUAGGGGAGUUGAAUAUCCAUUUGAGUUCCAAAUUUCUAGUUUAUUACUCAAUUGGAUGUAAUGCUUGCACAAUCAGACUUAUUUGUUACUGUCUGAUGCUGGCUUGUAUCUAUCUAUCUAUGUUUUUAAUUACA